AUGAUCUCAGCCUUCAGCUCACUGCCAUUCUCCGUUAGCGCAACUGAAGAUUCAACAGAACUGCUCUCACUUUCAGACUACGAUGUCGUUGCUCUCGGACACAACACCGGUGAUUAUCUAGCUGAAGAAGAAGUCACCUCUUUGUUAAAUUUCGUCGAGAAUGGUGGUGGUGUUGUAGGCAUUCAUGCAGCUACAUCCGGCCUGAAGACAAAUGCCAGGUAUACCAAGAUCUUGGGCGAGGUGUUUAAUGGCCACCCGCCGCCACAGUGGAUGACUCUUGCCGUCGAAAACCCCGAUCACUUCAUCAACGGAUGUCAGUCUCUUCCUAGUCCAGAAUCUGCACCAGAAGAAGCACCUGUCUGUCCUGUCAAGACAGAGUCUCUUCCAGCGAGCCAAUUUCCAUGGUUCGACGAGGUGUAUACCUUCAGAUCGCACCCACGCGUUGAAGGCCGCACGAUCUUACUUUCAGUGCAAGAGAGCAACGAGGAGGGCGCUGAAUCUGCUGGCUUUCCUCUGUCAUGGACUCAGACGGUCGGAAGGGGAAGAGUGUAUUACACUGCUCUGGGUCAUUUUGAUGAAGCAUAUAAAGAUACUUGGUUCAUGGAAAGCUUGCGUCGAGCGGUUGUCUGGACUGCGAAGAAGGAUUGA